CAUGAACUAUGAGCGAUUUUGAUAUUACUACAUUUCGUUCCAAGUCCAAGAAAACCGGAAAGAAAACUCGUCGACUAGAUCCUUCAUCCGUCACCACCUCAUUUACCAAAUAUCUUGAAAAAAGAAAAGAAUUAGGAUUAGAUGACUCAGACGAAGAUGCUGAGGAGGUGGAUGUAAAAAGGAAAUCACAAAAGCUCUCUGAGAAUAGCCAGGCCAGCGAGCCGGAAACCACUGAGAAUACACAGCCCUCAGGGGAAACUGCGCGUUCAGAGGAAGCGGUGGGAUCUACUGUCGUUAUGGCAACCGUCAAUGCCAGUGUCGAGACGGAAAAAAAUACAUUUAUCAUUUUGGAUUCGGACGACGAUGAUCAGCCAGCAAAAGCACCUAUGCCACCAGUCGCAAAAUCACCGGUAGAUACCACCCAUGACACCUCCAUGGUUGAGAAACCAAAAGAGGACGAAUCAACGUCGCAGAAAGAGCCAAGUUCACUUUCACUUCUUGAUGAUUUUGACGACUUAGAUCCAGAUCUUGCAUCGUCCUUGAUGGAAUGCCCACCCGAUCGUUCUUCUCGAGAUACAUCCAUACACCAGUUACCUGCAAACAAGAUUGCCCUCAAGUUUCAAAUGCAAUUAUACCCUGUACUUGAGACUCCUCAUUCGCCGGCUGUGCAGGCUCUCAUCAAGAUCUUGAAAGUUUACGUGCUGGAUCGCGAUACUCUGGAACAAGCUUUCAACGCCUUUGUCCGCCACAAAAAGUUGGAGGGGAGCAAUUUAGUCUUUAUCUACAAUAAUGCCAAAGUUUGGCCAAUCGCUACCCCUGUCAGCUUAGGAAUGCAAGUUGAGGAUGUCAAUAAUAUCGGUACGUACAGACGUUCCAAUGGCUGAUAACAUAGGAAAGCGUAGGUGAAUUGAUACUUAGUUUGCUCUGUAGAUGUAUAUUUUCACGAGGCGUGGUUGCAAAAGUUAGAGUCGGAAAAGCAGUCCAGGCAGGAACGACUUGCGCAAAUGCGACCGGAAGAAGAACUAUCGGACGAUGAGAUAGAUAUCCAUGGUGGAUCA